UUAAAUUAUGAGCGAGGAUUUUGAAAUGAGUGGGGAUAGUAGUGCAAGUUCGUGGGCGAGUUCGGAGGUGAGCGAGGAUGUGCAGGCGGAUUACACAGCUGGGUUUUAUGAUUCGUAUAUCGGCAUUUCAGAAGCAUCGUCUCCAAUGAAGAAAUUGAUAAAUUUAGAGAAGAAGAGUGAAAUUGUGCCAAGAAGAAAGGGCACUUAUACAAAGCAUCCCAAAAAGCCAUUUGGAUUUGAAUAUAAAGAUUCAAACUCUAAUAAACAAAUUGGACUCUACUAUAGUCAAAGAAAGCCUUCUAUUGCAUAUAAAGAGCCUCCCAAAAGCACAUAUACGCACUCUCCCAAGAUAUUUUUCUCUAAGCCAGCACAUAAAUUCAGGCUACAAAAGGUCAAGAAUCCUCACCGAGCCCCUUUAAAAAUCAACCUGAAUACUUCUACCAUCAUUUUACCACCCAAAAUAAAUCAGACUGUAAAUAUUAAUCUCUAUGACAGAGCUAAUCCGAUUCCAAGAUCUGGAGGGUCAUCGACAAAGCUAAAUCUAGUAUACAAAUCGAUGAACGGACAAGAAGACUUGAGUUGUAUGGCAAGGAAGAGCUUGGGAAACAAAUAUGCGAGCAAAGGGAACAGGACUUGCCCAAAAAAGAAGGCCAAGAAGAGGCCUGCAUGGAGAACUUCAGGUUUAAGAUCCCUCAAGUCUAAUGAUUAUUAUCAGUCGGCUAAUCCAUCCACUUCAUUGGAUUUCAGCAGCCAAUUGGCAUAUUUGGCAGGGACUAGCAACAAAAUCCCUGUCUGGGUCAAAAAGACGAAGAAAGCAUCUCAUACAAGAGGAAGGACUAGUGAAGGAAGUCAGCUAGGAGGAAAAACACUAGAUAAUUCUUAA